AGUCCGGGCAGUUGCAGACAUUUCUUGAGUGGAGCAAUGUUGCAAGAAAUUGACAAAGCGAUAGUUUUUCUUUCCAGUUAUUUGUACAAUAAGCUUCCUCGCAGAAGAGUUGACCAGCUGGUAGAGUUCUUGAGGAUUGAGAUGAAGGCUGCUUUUCGGCUUCACUGGCACCCUCAAAAUCCUGAAUUGGGUACAGCAUACCGAUGUCUGAAAUUCGACGAGUCAGUCGAUCCCAUGGUCGCGCGUUGCGCUAGAAAGAGUGGCAUUCCAGAAAACGAAAUUCUAGCCAGCUUGCCAACCGAUCUUCACGUGUGGGUCGAUCCAGGACUUGUCAGUUACCGUACCGGUGAGACGGAAACGGUUCAUUACCUCUUUCCUGAUCAAAAAGUCGAGUACACAGAGCGACCUAUUCCCAGGUCUGCGGAGUCUAGUCAACUUUACCACGACCUCUUGUCUCGUUUCACGACGAACUUCAGCCUUUCGGUUAAUAAAUCGAUGGCCAAUAGCGAAGGAAACAAGGUUUUUCGGCACAGCAACGCAGAAGAGCAGACGGUGCUAGAGAUGUUAUGGUCACGCCGUAGAAUGGCUGGUUUAUCUCGUAAUGAACUCAGAUUGGGAUCUGUGUGCAUGCUGAGAUACAGAGAUACGAAUAGCGACUUCUACUUGAUGGAUAAAUCUGCAUCUGCUUACAACCACUUCUCGUAGAGUUAGUGGAAGUAACGUGCUAAAAACACGCUACUCUCGGAAAGUAUAAUGCUACACUUAUAGCUCAGCAUAACUGUAAUUUAUUAAGCGACUCAUGAUCAAUUGCCAUUUACUGAUCUUGAUAUUAUAUACUCUAGAUUUCUAUCAUUAUUGACUUGUUUUAUUAAUUAAAAGUUUUCGG